CUCUGUUCGCGGCCGGUGACGACAUGAGGCUGUUCUCCGCCCCGGUGCUGCUGGGUCUGCUGCUGUUGGCCUCCUGCCUCCAGGCGCAAGACCCAGAGGUGAAGGAGGAAGGCGAGGAGGAGGAGGAGGAGGAGGUGGAGGAGCCCAAGAAGGAGAAGACCACGGAGAUAGAGGAGGAGAAGGACGUGAUGGUUCUGCACAGCGUCAACUUUGCACGGGCGCUCAGCGAGAACAAAUACGUGCUGGUGGAGUUCUAUGCGCCGUGGUGCGGGCACUGUCAGCGUCUGGAGCCGGCGUACGCCGAGGCGGCGGAGAAGCUGAGGAAGGACGAGCCGACGAUCCGACUGGCUAAAGUGGACGCCACCGAGGAGAAGGACCUGGCCGAGGAGUUCGAGAUCCAAAGCUUCCCGACCCUGAAACUCUUCUUCAACGGAAAUCGCAAACAGCCCGUGGACUUCGCUGGUAAGAGGUCUGCGGACGGAAUCAUCCGCUGGUUGAAGCGGCGCGCUGGACCCAGCGCUGCCGUCCUGGACUCCCCGGACUCUGCCGCCACCUUCAUCGACGCUCACAACAUCGCAGUCGUGGGAUUCUUCAAGGAUCUGGACAGCGACGAUGCGAAGCUGUUUACCGAGGUCUCCUUGGACAUGACGGACGUGGAGUUCGCUGUGACGUCCAGCCCUGAGGUCUUCAAGAAGUAUGACGUGGACGGAGAAAACACAGUGGUGCUCUUUAAGAAGUUCGACGAGGGACGAGCCGACUUUGUUCCCUCAGAAGACGUGAAGAUGGACAAGGACACUGUGGUCACCUUCAUUAAAGACAACAGCCUGGAGCUGGUCAUCCCCUUCACCCAGGAGAACUCAGACAAGAUCUUCACCUCCAACAUCAAAAUACACACUCUGAUCUUCAUCAACUCCACCGUGGAGAGUCACAAAGCCCUGGUGGAGGAGUUGAAGACGGUUGCUAAAGAGUUCAAGGGCAAGAUCUUACUCAUCACCAUCGACGUGACAGCCAGCGUGUCGCACGUGCUGAACUACUUUGGCGUGUCCGAGGAGGACGUCCCGACUGUCCGCAUCGUGGACAACAAUUCCGCCAAGAAGUUCUCGCCCUCCUCAGACCUGACGGUGGACUCGCUGCGUCAGCUGACCCGGGAGGUCGUGGACGGCACGGCCAAGCCUUACUUCAAGAGCGAGAAGGUCCCGGAAGACUGGGACAAAGGUCCCGUCAAAGUCCUGGUGGGGAAGAAUUUCGAGGAGGUCGCCCUGGACAAGACUAAAAAUGUCUUUGUGGAGUUUUACGCCCCGUGGUGCGGCCACUGUAAAGAACUGGCUCCCAUCUGGGAGAAGCUGGGCGAGAAGUAUGCCAACUACGAUGACAUCAUCAUCGCCAAGAUGGACGCCACGGCCAAUGAGGUGGAGUCCGUUCCCGUUACCGGCUUUCCCACGCUCAAGUACUUCCCUGUGGAUGGCAAAGAGGUGGUGGAGUACACAGGGCUGAGGGAUCUGGAGAGUUUGUCAAAGUUUCUGGACAAUGAAGGAGUGAUGCCAGAGGAAGAGGAAGAGGAGGAGGAAGAUGAGGAUGAAGAUAAAGAGGACGCUGAAGAAGGAAAAAUGGAGGAACAACCUGAAAAGGUCAACGGCACAUCCAAAGAUGAGCUAUGAUGGUCCAUGCUCUCACGUCCUCUGUUUUGUUAAUAAAAUACAUUUGUCAACCAAAC